UCGUUAUAAGGCAUCGCCCUCUUUUGCCCACCCCCCCAGCACCAGGUGUGGCCACUAGCCUAUAUGAAGGCCCAAAAUUGUGUGUUCCUUUCUGCUCUGACAAUGGCAUGCCCAUUCGUGCGAGAUGUGGUGGAUGAAGAAGCACUUGUGCUGAGGAGAGCCUUCAGGCGAGAAAGGGUCUUCAGGGACCGGUUGGACCCACUGGCCUUCCCUGAUGACCAUCUAUAUGAAAGAUACAGGUUUUCUGCAGAUGGCAUCAGGUAUCUAUGCAGACUACUGGGUCCCAGGAUUAAGCACCGCACUGCACGGAGCCAUGCACUGAGUGUGGAGCAAAUGGUUUGUGUGGCCUUGCGCUUUUUUGCUAGUGGAGCCUUCCUGUACUCAGUGGGGGAUGCAGAACAGCUGAACAAGGCCACAAUUUGCCGCACAAUAAGGAGUGUGUGUCUGGCUAUCAAAGCAUUAGCAGAUGUCUUCAUCUCCUUCCCUGGCCAAGAAGACUGUGACAUCAAAGAGGAGUUCUAUAGGAUUGCAGGUUUCCCCAAUGUCAUUGGUGCAGUGGACUGCACACACAUAAGGAUAAAAGCCCCCUCAGGUGCCCAUGAGGCCGAUUUUGUGAAUAGGAAAUCCUUUCACAGCAUUAAUGUUCAGAUGGUCUGCAAUGCUGACUGUGUGAUCAGCAAUGUUGUGGCAAAAUGGCCUGGCUCAGUCCAUGACUCCAGAAUCUUUCGGGCCUCUGAAAUCUAUCAGUGCCUAUCACAAGGUGAAUUCUCUGGUGUGUUGCUGGGAGACAGGGGGUAUGGCUGCCAGCCUUUUCUCCUGACACCUUUCACAGACCCCCAGGAAGCACAGCAGGCCUACAACCAUGCCCAUGCCAGGACCAGGGCCAGAGUUGAAAUGACCUUUGGCCUCCUGAAGGCACGCUUUCACUGCCUUCACAAAUUAAGGGUCAGCCCUGUUAGGGCAUGUGAUAUUACUGUGGCUUGUGCUGUCCUCCACAAUGUGGCCUGCCUGAGGAAGGAGAGGGCCCCCAGAGUGCCACCAGCCAUGGACUGGGACAAUCCGGCAAUCUUCCCUGAUGACGACAGUGGUCGGCUGCUGAGGGACCAAUAUGUUUUGAAUUAUUUUAGUUAGUAUGUGUGCUUUCAAUUUUGGUUAAAUAUGUCCUGCGGUGGCAGAGGAAUUUGGGUUUUUUUGGGUUCGUUUACGAAUUUGGCCUCUUAUGAUGUUUGUGCGGUGUACUGUGUGUAAUACAAGGCUGCAGGGAGGCUACUGCAUCCAUUCAUUUGUCUGUUCAGUUGAUGUGUAUGGAUUUGUCCUGCAUUUAUUUUAGUGUGCAGACAUGCAGGGUGUGUUAUAUACAGACCUUUGAAUGUGUAUGUAUCAUUUUGUAUAAUAUGCUUGGAUUCUGUGCUUUCCAUCUUGUAGAGUCACUGUGACUUCAGUUUCGAAAGGAGCUGAUGGUUUACCUGCUUUGUUUUGUCCUUAUUCAAUAAAGGAACAUAAUGUUA